GAUUGAUAGUGAUGUAACUCUUCCCAUUGAUAUAAUCUUCCCCGAGCAUUUUGAGCGUUGAUAAUUAUAAAAAUGUCUGCUUUCAGAUUCUUCAUUACCCUCUUUUCGCUCUCCCUGCUCAGUCUCACCAUUGAACCUCAGAUAAUACCGAAUUACAUUCACCACGACUGCUCCAACACGUCCACUCACACCAGUGACAGCGCUUAUCAAUCCAACCUCAACAGCCUCCUCUCCGCCCUCUCCGCCCUCUCCGUCAACGCCACCGCUACCAAUGGUUUCUAUAAUACCACUUCCGGGGAAAGCCCCGACAGGAUCUACGGUCUCUUCCUCUGCAUCACCGGAUUUUCUGCCGCUAUUUGUCAAGAUUGUGUCACGUUUGCCACCAAAGAAGUGAUUCAGAAGUGCCCUCUUGCGAAUGAGGCCGUGAUUUGGUACGAUCCAUGCCUCCUCCGCUACUCAAACAAAUGGAUUUUCUCCACUCUGGCUGUAGAACCGUCAUUUUAUGUGUGCAAUAAAAAUUCCACGGAUCCAGAUCCGUAUCGAAUCAACAGUACACUGACGAAGGCCAUGAACGAAGCGAUUAUUGAGGCUGUGUCAGUGGAGGAAAGGUUUGCCACAAAGGAGGCUAAAAUUUCCGAGUCAAAGACCCUGUACAGUCUGGUCCAGUGCACACCGGACCUGUCAAGUGAUGACUGUGAUAAGGGUCUCGAACUAGGCAUGGAACGGCUACGGAAUGUGUGUUUUGGAGUCAUAGGAGCACAAGCAUUGUACCCCAGUUUUAAAGUUAGGUAUGAACUUUACCAGUUCUACGGAGUCUCGGCGCCAGCACCGGGUCCAGCACCGGGUCCAGCAGAGGGUCCAGCACCAGGUCCACCACCACCAGGAAGUAAACCAAAAUGGAUCCCAAUAGCUGCAACUUUGUCAGCAGUUCUUGGAGUAGCUCUGCUCAGCUCUUUUGCUUUCUUCAUCUGGAGAAAGAGAAAUUCCCGAGAAGAUAACAAAGAGAGCAAAGAGGUUCAACUACUUGACUUGAGAGGGGGAAACUUUGUGAAAGAAUACCCAAAUAACGAUUUUCAGGGUGAGAGGGUGGAAGGAUCCCAAGAGUUUCCUUCGAUUCAGUUAGAUAUUAUAAAUGCAGCAACAAAAAAUUUCUGUAAUGAAAAUAAACUUGGAGAAGGCGGAUUUGGCCCCGUAUACAAGGGUACACUAGCAGAUGGUAAAGAAAUUGCGGUUAAGAGGCUCUCUAGAACUUCUGGUCAGGGGUUACUAGAAUUCAAAAAUGAAGUUAUGUUAAUUGCUAGAGUACAACAUAGGAAUCUUGUAAGACUCCUGGGAUGUUGCAUUGAGGAUAACGAAACAUUGUUGGUUUAUGAAUACAUGCCCAACAGAAGUCUUGAUGUCUUCCUUUUUGAUUCUAGCAUGAGUGUGCAAUUGGACUGGCAAAGACGGUUUAGCAUCAUAACUGGAAUUGCUCGGGGCAUCAUGUAUCUUCAUGAGGAUUCUCGUUUGCGCAUUAUUCAUAGAGAUCUUAAAACAAGUAAUAUUUUGUUGGAUGGUGAAAUGAAUCCAAAAAUAUCUGAUUUUGGUAUGGCAAGGAUUUUCAAUGUAAAUCAAAGUGAAGCAAACACAAAUAGAGUCGUGGGAACAUAUGGAUACAUGGCUCCAGAGUAUGCUAUGAGAGGGCUUUUUUCUGUCAAAUCUGAUGUAUUUAGUUUUGGAGUCCUGUUGCUAGAAAUUAUAAGUGGGAAGAAGAACAAUGGAUUUUACUUUUAUCAACGCUGUGAAAGCCUUCUAACCUUUGCAUGGAAACUAUGGUCUCAAGGUCAAGCAAUGCAGCUGAUGGACCCACAACUGGUGCAGUCAUGUGUGGAGUUUGAAGUGCUCAAGUGCAUCCAUAUUGGUCUGCUUUGUGUGCAGAAAGAUCCGGUGGACAGGCCCACCAUGUCAUCUGUAAUACUCAUGUUGGGCAAUGAGAACUUAACUCUUCCUAGACCUACAGAACCUGCAUUUUUUGUUGGACGAGUUGUUGCAGAAUCAGCUACACCCUCUACAGAUAACAAUAUCUUUUCUGCCAACGAGGUAACACUUUCAGAUGUGUCACCUCGUUGAUUGUUUGUGCUUUCCCUAAUAUUUCUAAUUAAUCUUCCUUUCUUUAUUAAAUCAAACUUUGUACA